AUGGCUUUCCGGAACCCGCUUCUAGCCAUGGAGGCGUCCACUGGCCACCCCCGUCCAGCGGCCGUUGUCUCUCGUCCGCCGGGCGACCUUGGACGCGACGCCCGGCCCGGAGCUGGCGUCGCCCAGACGGCCGGCCCCGGAGUCGCGCCUGCGACCGCGCGGGAUCCCCUUCCGCGCGCACGCUCGGCCCGCUGCCGACCCGGCCCCUCGCGCGGACCCGCGCUGCCGCGGGCCCCUGCGAGAGCGACGCGUCGCCCGCCGGGCGCCGCGCGGAGGCGACAGGGCGCGCGGCCGAGCCGCGCGUCGAGCGCGGCGACGCGCUGCCGUCGUCAACGCCGCGACUGCAGGCCCCCGCGCGCCGGCGGCGGGCCGCGCGAGCGCGGGAAAGGCGCCGGGAAACGGCCGGGAGACGCGGGAGCGCGACGGCCGCUGCGCCCGGAAGCCCCGCGCCCGAGGCCCGACGGCGCGCGACUGCGCUCGGCGGCGCUGGCCCCGACGCACGAGCGCGUACCGCACGCGCCGCUGCCUCCGACUGUGCGCUGUCCCUCGGCGCCGACAGUCUUCCGCGCUAAGCUAGGGCUCCGGAGGACCCGCGCAGCCCCGUACUGA